GCCAAGUGAACGACGAGUAAAAAUGUUGAGCUCGACAACGGUUUGCAAUCAGUUCGAGUUCGAGCGUCGUAUAAAGUGGACGUGUUGGUUGUGUAUGAUUUUACGCGAAAAACGGGUUUUUCAGUUUUACUUUUUUCCAUACACACAACCACCAAGCAAACAAACGCUUUAGUUAAAGCUGAAAAACGAAGUCUAGUGGCUGGCAGCAGCUUAUGAAAAAGUCAAUAAUGACUGCAAACAAACGCCGUGCAAAGCGUUUUCCGCCCAACAAAUAAAGUGCGUAUAAAUCAAUGAAAAAAAUGUUGUGUAUUUUACGAAGGAAGCGAAGCUGAGGCAAAAAAAGGAAAAACUGGUGUAGUGAAAAAGUUCAACGACGACCACGACGACGACGACAACGACGACAAUUGCGUUGACAAGUGAUAUGCUUUGCGUACUAAGCGUGAAAAUUGUUGGUUGAGAAUUUUCGUUAAUGAAAAAUUUAUGCAGAAUAAUUCGUUUGGUGGACAAAGUGCAAAGUGUUUCGUGAAAAGCCGUAUGAAUUGGAAAUUUAUUAAAAUCGAUGCAAAGCAAAUAGUGUAACAGAUUUACACAAGAAAUUGUUUUAAAAUUACAAAAAAAAAUUAAAAAAAAAACUAACCAACCGACAUUUAUGUGCAGAAUUACAAUUCACUACCAUGAAAGUAUCUAAAUGCAUUUAACCAAAGGCACCUAUUCGACCGCAACGCGUAGAAAGCGCAUAUCUAUGCAAGCGUUUAACUGUAUAAGUCAUUAACAAAAACAAAAAACAAAAACCGAGUAUUAAAUAAAACUAAGAAAUGUGUAAAUUAAGCAGACUACAAAUGCGCCUCUCUGCCAACUACAGCGCGUACACGUUCCUGCUACUAGCACACUUGCUGACCCAGGGCUUGGGUGGCGCUUGGGCACUCCACACUAAGGGCGCCAUUAGACCAGAGUCCUCCUAUGCACUCUCCUCGGAAGCUGCCUCAGCCAGCGCGGCCAGCAUGAUGGCCACCUCCAUGGCCGGUGCUAGUGCCGCUGCCACAGCAGGCGCUGGUGCUGCAUUGUCCUCCGCCUCCAACAACGACGAUGCUGCGAGUGCUACAUCGGCCGCAGCGGCCGCCGCCCAGCCACAGCCUACAAAUCAAUGUUCCUGGCAGUAUAAUGGCACCACAUCGGUACGCUGUAAUUUGCGCACCAUCGAACGGCAUAUUGCGCUCGAUUUGCAGGGCGCUGAUGGCACCAGUCAGUUGGAGAUCAAAUGCAGCGAAAUCUACCUCUUUGAAUCGCAACUGCCACAGGCGGCAUUUGCACGUCUACAAACGUUGGAUGUGUUGCGUAUUGAUGGUUGCAAAUUGUUGCAAUUGCCGAAUAAUGCUUUUGAGGGACUGAAUGUGCUGCGUACGUUGGCGGUGAAUACGCGCAAUCCCGAUUGGGGACCUGGCAAAACGUUGGAAUUGUAUCCGGAUUCGUUGAAUAGCUUGAAGCAGCUGACCGAAUUGCAGUUGGGCGAUAAUAAUUUGCGCGCCUUGCCGGCUGGAUUUCUAUGCCCGGUGGGGAAUUUGCAGGUGCUCAAUUUGACGCACAAUCGCAUACGCUCUGCGGAGAAUCUCGGUUUCGCCGAUAUGAAUUGUAAUGGCGGUAGCGAGCUGCAAGUGCUAGAUGCGAGCUUCAAUGAGCUGCGCUCUGUGACCGAGAGUUGGGGUAUUUCACGCUUGAGGCGAUUGCAACAAUUGAAUUUGCAACACAAUAAUAUUUCGGAGUUGUCGGGCGAGGCGUUGGCCGGACUGAGUUCAUUGCGUAUAGUUAAUUUGAGUAACAAUCAUUUAGAAACACUGCCCGAGGGACUGUUUGCCGGCUCGAAAGAACUACGUGAAAUACAUCUGCAAAACAAUGAGAUUUACGAACUGCCAAAGGGUCUGUUUCACCGUUUGGAGCAAUUGCUGGUGGUGGAUCUGUCCGGUAAUCAGUUGACCUCGAACCACAUAGACAAUACCACCUUCGCUGGUCUGAUACGACUGAUUGUGUUGAACCUGGCGCACAAUGCGCUCACACGCAUCGACUAUCGCACUUUCAAGGAGUUGUACUUCCUCCAGAUUUUGAAUUUACGUAACAAUUCCAUUGGUCAUAUCGAAGAUAAUGCCUUUCUGCCACUCUAUAACUUGCACACCUUAAAUUUGGCCGAGAAUCGUCUGCAUACCUUGGAUGAUAAGCUUUUCAAUGGGUUGUAUGUGCUUUCAAAACUCACGCUCAACAAUAAUCUGAUCAGCGUAAUUGAGCCAAAUGUGUUUAAGAAUUGCUCUGACCUAAAAGAAUUGGAUCUGAGCUCUAACCAGCUUAACGAGGUACCGCGCGCUUUACAAGACCUCGCCAUGCUACGCACACUAGACUUGGGUGAGAAUCAGAUACGCACUUUCGACAAUCAGAGCUUCAAAAAUCUGCAUCAGCUGACAGGUUUGCGUCUAAUAGACAACCAAAUUGGCAACAUUACCGUGGGCAUGUUCGCCGACUUGCCACGUCUUAGCGUACUCAACCUCGCCAAGAAUCGCAUACAGUCCAUUGAGCGUGGUGCCUUUGACAAGAACUUCGAACUGGAGGCUAUACGCUUGGACCGCAACUUCCUGUCCGACAUCAAUGGCGUCUUUGCUACGCUAGUCUCGUUGCUGUGGCUUAACCUAUCGGAAAACCAUCUCGUUUGGUUUGAUUAUGCCUUCAUUCCAAGCAAUCUCAAAUGGCUGGACAUACAUGGUAACUAUAUUGAGGCGCUUGGCAACUACUACAAAUUGCAAGAGGAGAUACGCGUAAAGACGUUGGACGCCAGCCACAAUCGCAUCACUGAAAUUGGUGCCAUGUCUAUACCAAACACCAUUGAAUUGCUGUUCAUCAAUAAUAAUCUCAUCAACACUGUGCAUCCGAACUCCUUUGUGGACAAGGUCAAUUUGGCGCGCGUCGACCUCUACGCCAACGCGAUGUCUAAACUGCAACUUCAACAGUUGCGUGUUGCACCUGUUCAACCGGCCAAACCGCUGCCGGAGUUCUAUCUUGGCGGCAACCCAUUCGAAUGUGACUGCACCAUGGACUGGCUGCAACGUAUCAACAACCUCACCACACGCCAGCAUCCACGCGUCAUGGAUCUCACAAACAUUGAAUGCGUCAUGCCACAUGCGCGCGGUGCCCCCGUACGUCCACUUACCUCACUCAAACCAAAGGACUUCCUCUGUCGCUACGAAUCACAUUGUUUUGCUUUGUGCCACUGCUGUGAUUUUGAUGCUUGUGAUUGCGAGAUGACAUGCCCAAGCAAUUGUACCUGCUAUCACGACCAAAUCUGGUCGACCAAUGUGGUAGAUUGCGGUGGCCAGCAGACCACCGAAUUACCGCGUCGUGUGCCCAUGGACUCGAGUGUUGUAUACUUGGAUGGCAACAACUUUCCAGUGUUGAAGGACCAUGCUUUCAUUGGACGCAAGAAUCUGCGUUCACUCUAUGUGAAUGGCAGCCAGGUAGCGCGCAUACAGAACCGCACCUUCGCGGGACUGAUUUCACUGCAGGUUUUACACUUGGAAGAUAAUCUGCUACGAACGCUGCAUGGCAACGAAUUUGAAUUCCUCUUCGCAUUACGCGAGCUCUAUCUACAAAACAACCAGCUGACUGCGCUGGAUAAUAUAACACUUGCCCCACUCGUGUCCCUUGAAGUGCUGCGCAUCGAUGGCAAUCGCCUGGUGACCCUUUCUAUGUGGCAGCUGCAGCAACCACAAUUCAAGCAAAUGCGUACGCUGGCGCUGGGUCGUAAUCAGUGGAGCUGCCGCUGCAAGUUUCUGCAGGAGCUGACGGCCUAUGUUGCUGACAACGCGCUGAUAGUGCAAGACCUGCAGGACAUCUACUGCGUGGACACGGGUGUGAGCGGCAAUAGUGUAUUGCAAAAACGCGAGCUGGACUUUAAUGCCACCGCUGCCUGCACAGAUUACUAUGCUGGUGGCUCCAUGCUGCAACAUGGCAUACCAAAGACUUACAUACCGCUGCUUGCUGCAGCGCUAGCACUCAUCUUUUUGCUCGUGGUGAUCAUCAUAAUUUUUGUUUUUCGUGAAUCAUUACGAAUCUGGCUGUUCGCACACUAUGGCGUACGUGUGUUCGGACCGCGUUGUGAGGAGUCGGAGAAGCUGUACGAUGCCGUGCUGCUGCACUCGGCCAAGGACUCGGAGUUUGUUGCACAACACUUAGUGGCAGAGCUAGAAACUGGGCGCCCACCGUUGCGUGUGUGCCUGCAACACCGCGAUCUAGCGCACGACGCCACACACUAUCAGCUGUUGGAGGCAUCUCGUGUCUCGCGACGCAUAGUCAUACUGCUAUCACGCAACUUUCUACAGACUGAAUGGUCACGCUGCGAGCUGCGACGUGCCGUGCACGAUGCGUUGCGAGGGCGACCGCAAAAGCUGGUCAUCAUCGAGGAACCGGAAGUGCUGUUCGAAGCGGAGAGCGACAUUGAACUGCUGCCCUACCUGAAGACGUCCGCAGUGCACCGCAUACGUCGCACCGAUCGACACUUCUGGGAGAAGCUACGUUACGCGCUGCCCGUCGACUACCCCACCUAUCGUGGUGGCGUCGCCGGUGUACCCGGCAAUAACUACACAUUGGAUCACAACCACGAACGCAUCAAGCAGCCUGCCAGUCCAGGCAUACUCUAUCGUCAAGCGCCACCACCCGCUUACUGCACUGAUGGUGUGGCGGGCGCAGUUGGCGAGCACGGUGGUGGUGGUGGUGGUGGUACCGAACCCACUAACUACUCCUCCGCCACAACAGCGACGCCCAGCCCGCGACCACAACGACGUGAACACGGCGGGGCCGUUGGUGCUACGGCCACGUUGCAUAAUACCAUUGUGGGCACACAUCUGCAUCCCAGCGCAGCGCAAGCGGCAACGCUGGCAGCCGCAGCAGCACAAAGAGGUGCAGAACUGAAUAGCGGUGGAGGCAGCGUUUCUGGCGUAGGAAAUAAUAGCCAGUAUUAUCACCAUGCCACGGCGCCCAGUCAAACGUACACAAUGCGUCCGCCCUCGGAGCACAUUUACUCCAGUAUCGAUUCGGACUACUCGACGCUGGACAAUGAGAAUAUGCUCAUGAUGCCGCCACCCUCACCCACACCCAAUGGUGUUGCGGGCGUGCAGAGCUUACAGCGAUUUCAACAACAGCACCACCACCAACAACAACAGCAACAGCAGCCGCAUAUGUCACAAACAUGGCGGCCGCAACAACAACAACAGCAGCAGCAUCAACAGCGCAGGGAGGUAGAGACGGCGAGUGGCGUGACGUCAGUAACAGCGGCGAACGGACAACAGCAGGGGCCGCAUGUGCAGGCGUAUCUAGUGUAGAUGUAGUUGUAAAGCAAAUAGCGGAAUAAAAAUACGACGCACAGCUAAAGAAAUAAUAAUGAUUUAGAUAUUUAUUAAGUAGGAACGUAGCGAGAAGAAUUUGGGACUGGUUCCUGGCACUGAAACUAACACAACAAAAGUGUAAAUGUAAAGUUUUUAUAUUACCUAAAAGUUGAUAUAUAUUUAAAUACAAGUUUAAAAAGUCUAAAAUUUUGCAUAAACUAAAAAUCUAAUUUUUUUUAUUCGGAAAACUAUUUAUGCUAAAAUGAAAAAAUUUAACACAAUUUUUAUUUUUUUUUGUAUUAAUUUUAAAAGCGUCAAGUGUCGAUAUUUGCUGCGUAGCUAUUAUUAAAAUGUAAUUGUAUUUAUAUGAAACGCGUAAAUGAAAUACAAAAAAAUUAAAUUAUUAAAUAUGAAAAAGUUGCUCAGUUGCCUAAGCUGAACAACUGUUCUAAAAACUAAUUUAUUUAAAAAUUAACUAAUUAAAAUGUUAAAUUGUAUAAAAAAUGGUAAAUGAAAAUAAAAAUAAAAAUAAAAACUAACUCAUCUACGGCAAACUACUUGACAACCCAGUGACGAAAAAUAAAUAAAGCCUAGAUAAACAGCAAGGAAAAUGCCCUGUUUAUGAGUUUGAAAAAAACAAAAAAAAAAAAAAAACAAUUUGUAAUAUUGAACAAAGCGAUUAAGUCGAUGCAAAUGCCGUUAAUGACGACGAUGAUAAACGUAUGUAAUGUAGUUAUGUAUGUAAACUCGAUUUUCCUCAUAUAAAUAUUAUAUAAACCUACGUAUCUAAAGAGACUCUCAUAAGUGUAAAUAGCUACUAUAGAUAUACAUACAUACACACACAUGUAUAUGCAUAAGUCUAAGUACAUACAUAAUGUAUAUGAAUACCGUGUACCUACAUGGCUAUAUUUAGUUAGAGUAACCGCAUGAAAGUCUCGGACAUUAGCUGUACAGUGAGUGCUGAAGUUGAGUUGAAGCGCUAGAAGGUUGUGCGUGGGGGCAGAGGCGGGUUGGAGCAGCGUGAGGCGUGCAGCGCACAGGUCAUGCGACUGCCAGUGAUUUCUAGUGCGAAUUUAUAUAAACUACACACACGAACACUCCCGCAUACGGAUGCUCUUAUGUAUGUAUGAGAGCCCGCCCGCCAGCCUCUGUGACCAUUGCAGCGCUUCUCGCUCGCUUAACCGACUGUCCAACUACUUGCGUUGUGCCCGAGCUGAUGUGUAAAUAUUUAAUUUAAUUAAUAUAAAAUAAACAACUAUUACAGCAGCAAAUAAAACACACACACACACAGACGCACACACAUACACGGAACAACACCACCACAAGCAAAACUGCCAAACGCUAUGUAACAAUUAAUAUAACACUGAUGUACAGUUACAGUUGGUUAAUGUGCACUACACUAAUGACGCAAGGACAUUCAUUACUGUUGACAAGGACGCACUGAUCAUAUUUAUUAAGUGAAUUCACUCAACAUAUGUACAUAUACCUAUAUUUUGUGUUUUUUUUGUUGUACAUUUGUAUGUAUCUUUGAGUGCAUGUAUCUACGCGUGUUUGAUGAGAAAUUAUGACUGACAGUGACCGGAAUGAGUUUUGUAUAUUAUAGCUUAAGCACUUCUUACUUUUUUGCUCGACGAAAAAGUGAAUAUUUAUUAAUUAGUGUAAGCGACAAUUCGAAAUUGUGAAAAAUUUUAAAUAAAUUUUUGUUACAAAAAAUUAAAUCUUUUUUAUUUUUAUUUCAUUUCUGUUUUAAAUUAAACGCAGUAAGUUCAACUAACACAAAUAAAAAAAAUAAAUAACUAACUGAAAGUGAAUAGUAAUUUUGUGGAGAAGUGUGCGAAACACUGCGAAGGAGUGGAGUUUGAACAAAAUAAUUCUUAAGGGGGAACGCCACUGUGGGGGGUCAAAAAAUAGUAGAUUUUUGGGAAUUUUUGUUUUUUUGUAAGUAGGAAUAAUUAUUCGAGGAUCGGACAAAAGGCAAUUUAUUAUAUAUGUAUUAAACUAUGUUGAUGUAAAUUUUUAUUAAAAAAUAUUGAAAAUUGACAAAUUAAUGUAAAUAAACGCAACGAGUUAAAAAAAUGACGUCAUCUGGUGGCAGCGAUACAGCAAUGAAUAAUCAUCUGAAAUCAAAAAACCAAAAAUUGUAUUAAUCUACACAAUAUUGCCUAUCGUUGUACGUAGCCGUUUUUUUUUUUUUUGACAAAAUGGUGGUGAUUUGAAUUUCGAUGUGUGUUUUACACCAUUUUUUUGAUUUGCAACAGGCCCAAAAAAAUAGUUAUUUUCAAAAUUUUGAAAAUCGGCUACGUACUACGAAGCCAAUGCGAUAACAAAAAUUUUGAAAAAAAGAAAAUUAAAAUCGGUUAUUCUUCGAGAAAUCGUUGCCACCGUAUCAAAAAAAGUCGUUUUGAGAAAUAAGCGUUUAAAGUUUUCAUUGCGUAUUCAAUAGUUCUGCAUGCAGUUACACCUAUUUGGUAUAUCUCAGUCAAUUUCUAAGAUUUUAAAUUAAUAAUUUUUUACAUAUUUUUGAAUAUUUACACUUUCAGAAAAUCCAAAAAAAAAAUCGUUUUCACACAGUGGCGUUCCCCCUUAAAGAUUUAAUCAACAGCUUAUGAAAAAUUGUAAACAGACAAAAAAGUUUAAAAUUUUGAAAAGUGAGAAAAAGAGAUAAAUCAUUUAGUAAUAGUAAAGAAUUCCCCAAGUUUACCCCAUUACUGCCGAUUUGCAUUUAAAUACACAGCAAAAAGUGUUCACACAAAAUCUAAUGUUUCGAAACUGCCACAUUCUGUUGAAUUGGAAGGCUUUUAAAGUAUAAAGUUUUAUAGGUGCCAAGGCAUAUUAAACAGCUACUAGCAGUAGAGUGAAAAAAAUGAGACAGAAUCUUAAAAUCUAUAAACAACGACUGACAGGUUGGACAAGAAAUUACAAAAACAAAAAAAUCAAAUCAGCUGCUCUACUGCUUCGAAUACCUUUUCAAUGUGCCUUAAGGGGGUCUCUUAUCACUGGCUUAAAAAAAAAGGGUUUUUGCUAAAUUUUUUUUCGAGGCGAAAAAAGCGACACACAGGCAUGAUUGAAGAGUAAUAAACAUUUUUCUAACAUAAACAAAAAAACAAAAUGGCGGACAUAUGAGGGAUCUGGCACAGCUUCUCGAUGGGCGCUAGUAAAACGGCGUGUAAGAUUGCGGUCGUAGUUUUCACCGGCUUACCCGCAUAUAUGUAAUAGACUACUCUUGUAUAAAAAUAUAAAAAAUGAACACAAAAUUAUUUAUUGAAAAAAGUGCUUUUUUUCGCUUUUUUCAAAAAAGGUGUUAA